AUGUCUGUCAAUAGAUUUUCUUGGUUCUUGACUCAUUUACAUUUAUGUGACAACAAUUUACAACCUAAUAAAAACGAAAUUAAUUAUGAUAAACUCUACAAAGUUAGGCCAUUAAUAGAUAGUUUAUCAAAAAUAUUUCUUCAUCACUAUAUUCCUAACAAAAAUCAAUCAAUUGAUGAGAGUAUGAUACGCUUCAAAGGAAGACAUUCUAUCAAACAAUACAUGCCCAUGAAGCCUAUAAAACGUGGGUAUAAAGUGUGGAUCCGGGCAGAUCAAUCUGGUUAUAUAUGCGAGUUCCAAAUUUACACGGGUAAAACAGAUUCUGUGGAAAACAAUCUGGGAAAACGUGUUGUACAAGAUUUGACACAGAACAUAAAGAACAAAUAUCAUUGUAUGUACUUCGAUAAUUUUUUUACUUCACUUGGACUUGUUGAAGAAUUGUUGCAAGACGGUAUUUAUGGGUGUGGUACAGUUCGUUCUAAUAGAAAAGGUUUACCAAAAAACCAACUAAGUGAUAAAAAAUUUAAAAAAGGAGAUAGUGAAGGACGUGUAUCUACAACUUAA